AUGAGCAAACUGGGAGAUAAUGAGAGUGUAGCCUUGAGCAUCCUGCAUGAGGAAAAGGACCGAGAAGAAAGGGAAACCUCCUUCAAAGCCCUGGCUCAGCCCUUCUUCCAGACACCACCUUUCCAGGACCUGCCGCAGCAGGGGUUGAUCAACCAGCCCUGCAUGUGGAGAUUUGAACAGAAGGUGACCAUCCAGACCUUGAUGCAUUUCCUACAGCAGGAAGAUGGAGAAGGCACUGGAAACCCAUACCCCAUUCUGCUGGAGCUCCUGUCGAAGCUUGAGAACAUCCGACAUGUCCGACACCUGCCUGACAUUUUCCAUCUGCAGAAUGCCCUGAUCCACUUCUUCCAAAACAGCCAUACAGGGGAAAACUACACAGUCCAUCAAUUCCUGGACCAGCCUGAACUUUCGGUGGACCAACGUUUGGCUUUCAGCAGAGCUAUAGAGACGAUCCGGAAAGUUUGGAGCAAUAUUAAAAUGAACCCAUCUAGCUCAGGCAUCACCGUCCUGCCAGACCUCUCGCCGAAUGACAUCAAAACCAACACUGCUGUCCUGCAGCUCCUCCCCACCCAACCGUCCAUCAGCCACCUGGUGACCAGGUUCCUCAUACAGCUGCAAAACAGCUGCGUUGACACGGCCGCGCGGAUCACCAGGGAGAGGCAACGGUCCAUCUCCGCAGAGGAGGUGAAGCCCUCCUCCGUGCUGGCUGUAACCAAAAGCGAUCUGGUGACCAUGGCGCUUGCCAACUUGCAGUAUGAGAUAGACGAAGACGGCACCAAGACGACCUACUUUGACUUCCAGAUGCUGCAGCGGCAAGUGGUUCAUCGCUUCAUCAGCGGGAAGCCCAUCAUCAAGGCUCAGAAGGCUCCAUCCAUUGCCCUCAAUAACGUGAGGACCCUCCAGGCCACCAAGACGAAAGUCAGGGACCAGCUGCCCCAGGAGCUGCUCAGCGUCAACCAGCAGAAGCGCAUCAUGGAAGAGGCCCGCUCGGUCAACGCCCUCUCCAAGGCCCUGGCCACCUUGAAGGUGGCUGCUGAGUUCCUGGCCGCGACGGGUGGUGACCCGGAGCGCCUGCUGCCUGAGUAUGUCCGGCAGGAGCUGAGGAUGGACACCGGCACGAAGGAGUUCCAGGACGUGCCGGUGGUGUCCAACACCCAGCUGAAGCACAUCCUGUCACUGUGGCAGGUCCUGGCAGCUCGCAGGUCCAUGCUGUUGGUGCAGAUGAACUAGGAUCCCUUCUGGCUGGUACCCAAGCAGUUCCAGGGGCAGCUGGAUGCAAGGGAAG